UCUCUCCGUCUGUGUGGACGGUUCUCAGGCUAAAUCCAGAACUGACUCUGCCCCCGUCUGCCUGUCAGGAUGGAUAUUUAUCAGCAUGGAUUUAUGGUUAUUGUGGUUCUGCUACUGAUCAACACUUCACUCUCUGUGAUCGUCACUGACAGCCCAGAAUUCCUCCGUGGCAUCCUAUCAGAGUUUGCCGUCAUCCGUCCAAUCAGGACAAACUCAGAGGGGCGUUUCCUGUCAGCAUCAGUCUCCGCCCACCACCUUCGACGCAUCAAAAGACACGCUCGUCCUCCUGAACAUUCACCCCCACACAAGGAAAGGGAUUAUAAUUCAAGAACACAGUCAUCACAGCAGGCCCCGCCCACUAGGGAAUCACCCUCCAACCAGACGGGGCAUGGCUGGAGGGGGCCGGGUUACAGGACAGAUGAAGCAGAGCUUUUUUAUAACGUGACCAUAUUUGGUCGGGAUCUUCACCUGCGGCUGCGUCCCAACACUCGUGUGGUCGCCCCUGCCGCCACCAUGGAGUGGUGGGAGGAGUCAGGACAGAAACACUCCCAACCCAUCAGAGAUGUUGGCUGUCUGUACACGGGAGAGGUGUCCAACAUGGAGGACACGUCUGUCGCCAUUAGCAACUGUGAUGGGCUGGCUGGGAUGAUCCUGAUUGGUCAGGAGGAGUUUUUCAUCGAGCCGCUGGAUGGGAGGAGGACGAGUGAAGGAGGAGGAGAGGAGGAGGAGGAGGGGGGACGAAAUCACAUCAUUUAUCGCUCCUCAGCCAUCAUCAAAAAACAACAAGCUGCCAAUCAAACUGGAGCUGCCAAUCAAACUGGAGCUGCCAAUCAAACUGGAGCUGAUGACUUCCUGCGAGGUCCUCUUCUAGGUUCACUGAUCUUGAACCAGAACGUGACUCGGUCAAGACGUGACACGACUCGACGCCGGCGUUACAUUGAUGGAGCUGAGCUGUUAAACAUCGAGGUUCUGUUAGCUGUGGAUUAUUCUGUCCUGCUGUUCCACGGACGAGAUCACAUCCAGAAAUAUCUGCUCACCCUCAUGAACAUCGUGAAUGAAAUCUACCAGCAUCACUCCCUGGGUGCCAACAUCAAUGUUGUUCUGGUCCGGAUCGUCAUGUUGUCUGCAGCAAAGUCCCACGAACUGAUCUCCGUGGGGGACCCUCAGAAGAGUCUGGAGAACGUCUGUGGAUGGUCCUACCUCCAACACAGGGAGCAGAGCCAUGCCGAGCAGCACGACCACACCAUCUACCUGACCCGGCAAGAGUUUGGCCCCUCCGGCAUGCAGGGUUACGCUCCAGUCACAGGGAUGUGUGAGCUUCAUCGGAGCUGCGUCCUCGUCAUUGAGGACGGAUUUUCCUCUGCCUUCGUUGCGGCUCAUGAAACAGGACAUGUAUUGGGGAUGGAGCAUGAUGGCGAGGCUAACGACUGUGAGGAUGAUGUAGAGUUGGGCAGCAUCAUGUCUCCACGUGUUCAGGCAACUUUUCAUCGCUACCACUGGUCACGCUGCAGCUGGAGGGAGCUACAUCAGUACCUCCAUAAAUAUGACUGUCUCCGUGAUGACCCGUUUAACCACGAUUGGCCCGCUCUACCUCAGCUGCCGGGGUUCCAGUACUCCAUGGACCAACAGUGUCGCUUUGACUUCGGCCCAGGAUACAGCCUCUGUACCGCAUAUACCACCCUGGAGCCCUGUAAACAGCUGUGGUGUGCCGAAUACAACAACCCGUUCUACUGUAAGACAAAGAAAGGCCCGCCACUGGACGGGACCAAGUGUGGACCAGGGAGGCACUGUUUUAAAGGUUACUGCUUGAGGCUGACCCCAGACAUGCUCAGACAAGACGGCGCCUGGGGAACAUGGAGCCCAUACGGGAGCUGCUCAAGAACCUGUGGGGGCGGGGUCAGGUUUCGGGCCCGCCGCUGUGACAACCCAGCUCCAGCCAACGGGGGGCGCACUUGCUUUGGAAACAGCUAUGAGUUUCAGCUGUGCAACCAAGAGGAGUGUCCGCCGCUCACUGACUUCAGGGAGGAUCAGUGUAAAGUCUGGAAUCCUUUUUAUGAACAUGAAGGAAUCAAACAUCACUGGCUACCGUACCAACAUCCUGACCCUGAUGAGCGCUGUCGUCUCUACUGUCAGUCCAAGGAGACAGCCGCCGUGGUUUCCAUGAACAGGAUCGUGUACGACGGGACGCCAUGUUCCUAUAGCGACGCCCACAGCGUGUGCGUGCGAGGAGAGUGUGAGCAUGUGGGCUGUGACGGACAGAUCGCUUCAGACCAGCAGGAGGACCGAUGUGGAGUUUGUGGAGGAGAUAACUCCAGCUGUAAGAUUGUCAAAGGGAACUUCACCCGCAGCACCAAGAAAACAGGUUACCUAAAGAUCCUGGAGAUCCCUAAAGGAGCACGUCACCUCCUCGUCCAAGAGUUCAGAGGGACUCCUCACAUCCUGGCUGUGAAGAACCAGGAGACGGGAAACCUCUUCCUGAACAACGAGGACGAACUACCGGACUCUCGGGUCCUGAUCGAGAAGGGCGUCAUUUGGGAGUACGUCAACAGUGAGGAGCAGGAGUCCAUCCAGACCACUGGACCCCUGAAGUACGGAGUCCUGCUGAUGGUUCGUCCUCAUGGUGACUCUAAGGUGACGGUGUCCUAUAAGUACAUCAUCCAGGACCAACUGCGGUCCUCUCUGGAAUCUAACCUGCUGCAGGAGGACGCCAUCUUCUACGAGUGGGCCCUGAAGAAGUGGUCUCACUGCUCCAAACCCUGCGGGGGAGGGAAACAGUAUACGCGGUUCGCCUGCAGAAGGAAGGCUGAUGGGAAAAUGGUUCACAGGAUGUUCUGCUCCAACAUCAACAAACCCAGAGCCAUUAGCCGCAACUGCAACAGCAACACCUGCAGCUCGCCACGCUGGGUGACUGGAGAAUGGGAGGACUGCAGCGCCUCCUGUGGUCAGACUGGGUGGCAGCGGCGUUCGGUGAGCUGCCAGCAGGUGUCUCCAGAGGAUCGGCAGCAGAAGCAGCGGUCAGUUAACAGCAAACUGUGUGGAGAAGACCGACCUGAGGGCAAACAACCCUGCAACCGUUUACCAUGCCCCGCUGCGUGGCGAGCCGGGCCCUGGACCCCGUGUUCUGUGUCGUGUGGAAACGGGACUCAGGAGCGUCAGGUUGCGUGUUCGAGACCCGAGGGUUCAGCCCAAAACUGCAGCGAUCCUCAACCUAUCACAACCCGCAAGUGCCUGGCUCCACCCUGCAGCGGUGACCACAGGAACUCCAUUGUCAAGUGGCUGUCCAGGUCUAACCCAGACUUCCCCGUUCCAAAGAUUUCCUCCAGGCAGCGUUGCCGUGGUGACCGCUCAGUGUUCUGUCGAAUGGAGGUCUUGAGUCGGUACUGCUCCAUCCCUGGAUACCGGCAGAUGUGCUGCAAGUCCUGCAGCGAGAUGGCCUCGGGUAACUUCAGCAACUCCAGUAACACCGGCAACUUCAGCAACCCCAGUAACACCAGCAACUUCAACAACCUCAGUAAUACCAGCAACUUCAGCAACUCCAGUAACACUGGCAACUUCAGCAACCCCAGUAACACCAGCAACUUCAGCAACCUCAGUAAUACCAGCAACUUCAGCAACGCUAGUAACACCAGCAACUUCAGCAACCCCAGUGACAACUUUAGCACAACAGGCCCACCGACCACCAGUUCCUGGACUUUAACCACAGAGACGAUGACUUCCAUGUACACAGCCUCCUGGUCCAACAGCAGCGACAUCUUUGGUGACAUCAGCAGCACUCCACCUCCAACUGUCACUGAAACUCCGCCCCCGACCAGCAGGAGCACCACCGACUUCAUCUACGUGGACUAUGACGAUUAUGAGGAUUAUUCUUCCUUCGGGGACCCUUCUGUUGUCUUCAACCAAGCUGUUACAGCUCCAACCGCUGCUUUAACCACCACUACCACCACCACCACUACCACCACCAUCACCACUACCACCACCACCACUACCACCACGCGGCGUCCCAGGAAAACCGCUCCACCGUAUUUAUUCAGGAGGAAGACUACCACUCCCACAAUGCCUCACACUACAGCUACACUGGAGCUGAUCAGGAUGACAGAGCUCCCCAUCCAAACCACAGAAGACAUCAUCACUACAUUAUCACCUGACAGAGCGUCCAGGGGGCGGAGCCAUCAAACUACAGUCAACCAAACAGGCACCAACCCAAUGCCAACAUCCUUGUCGUCUUUUGUCCCGCUCCAAAAGAAGGAGAACAACUCUGUGGACGAGGUCCCUUAUGGGAUCAUAGGAUUGGAUAGUGACAUCAGCAGGGGACAGCAGAACCACUUUGUGCCACGGAUGCCGCCGUUCCGUGAGCGAACACAUAACAAACGCAUCCAGCAGCUCCUGAACGAGAGACGGCGGCAGGACCUCCUGAGGAGGUGGUCGGAAAGGAGCCGAGAGGGCAGGACUGACAGGAAGCCGGGCAGAUUGUAAAAAAAUUAAUGUUUUUUUUUUAUCGUUCACUCACCGUGCCAUAUGUACUGCUCACUCACUUCCUGCUAACGCUAACAAACUCUGACAGAGACAGAAACAGACUGCAGAGCUCGCCAAACAGACCAACCAUGAGUUUCUACCAGCUUCUUUGGACCUUCAGGUUUAACAUCUACACUACUUUGGUGUUCAAAAGGCUUCAGCUUCAGUCCAGAUAAGAGUCUCAUUAGGCUGGCUGCACACGGGACGGUUUUAAAACCUGGCAGACCUCAGAUCUCAGGACAGUUUAACUAAUGUUUAGAUAAGGACAUGUCCAGUUGAUGAUGCUUCUCAGUCUGCUCGCUCUCUUGGCUGUUUGUAUUGGGGCCUGACUCUGGACUCUGGAGGAUUCUGGAGCUCCUCAGAUCCCACGUUGGCUCAUCCAACUGAUUUCUGCCCUGUAUUCUGGUCUUGAGAGUCCUAUUGGGUGUGGUGACUCUACCUCUGACCUCCUCAGCUGAUUCUGGGGUGGAUAAUGGUGUGGGUAACAGGGGCAGAGAACUGUGGAAGGUCAUUUGGUGAUGUCCAGAUCUGGACUUUGCUGAUGAUGCUGUGAUCCUUGCAGAGACUGUAGAUGUCCUCUCUCUUAACCGUCUGAGGGGGGAGGCUGAAGCAUUGGGAUUGCUCGUCUCCUGGACCAAAACAAAGAUCCAGGUUUUGGGGAUGCCUUGGAUGCUGUCACUGAAUCUUUGUCUGAAUGUUGAGAGUGUGGAAGAUGUAGACCAGUUCACCUACCAUUACAAAGUAAUCCAUCAGUCCACUGACUGUGAGGCUGAGAUCAACCACAGACUUGGACUUGUGCAUGUGUACUCUCAUGAGGCCUGGAUGAUGACUGAUUUCCAGAGUCGCCAACUGGACUCCUUUGUGACAUCUUCUCUUUGGGUCAUCUUUGGGUAUCAUUGUCAGACCGAGCACCUAACGCUGAAGUGAUCAGGACGGUAGGGAUGGGAAGGGUUAGCUGCUAAAUACUCAGCAGCAGACCAAGGUUGAUGCUCUGACUUGACAGGGAUCAGGAAAAUUUGCAGUUACAUAUUGGCACCACACAUCCGAGGAUUAUUUGGACAAAUAAUCCGUUCUGACAAGCCUUGAAUGGGCGUAUACUCCCCGAUUGUUCAAAGGAAGGGGAACAGGCCAAAAUCAGGUAAAACUCGUCCCUUGUGCAGCCAGCCUAAAGUCUAACUUUAUACUGAUUUAUCUGACUGAGAUGUUUGAUUUAUUCAUGUUUCUGAAAGCUGAUCAGACCAACAGUGAAGUAAGUCUUUGACUCAGUCCCAUUUCUAACUUUACCCCUACCCUUUAUUUCUAGUGGACCCUUCAAACAGAGUUACCGGUGUAGCGGUGAAAUCUGCUCCUAUAAUGAGAUGACCCUUCCAGUUCCAAACUUGACAUCCGUAGUCAUCAACAACAAUGCAGGAGAUUUCUAUUACAAUGAGGGUGAUUUUAACAGAAAAAGCACAAGGUAAUGCUAAAUGAACCCAUACUGAGAGAAUACAAUAUAAAAAUAUUGAUAAAAAAAAAUACACAGAUGCAAAUGAAAUGAACUAGGACAGGGGCCAGAUUCUGAAUAUUGGUCUAACCUGAGGGUCUAACAGGGCCUAUAUUUAACCACUGAGUGUCAACCUAAAUGAUUUUGAGAUUAAAAGGCCAACAUGAUAAGUUAAAAACUGAAAAUCUGAGAUAAAAAGUCAAGCUUAAAAGUUUUAAGGGUAAAAACAUGACAUUUAAAGUCAAAAUAAUGUUUUUAAAAGCAAAGUAUGAGAUAGAAUUCUGACACCAUGUUUAGUCAAAUUAUGAUAUAAAAGUCAAAAUCAUGAGUUUUAAAGGUAAAAAAAUGAGCUAAAAGUCAAAGUUAGAGUUGAAAUGGUCAGCAAAACUGAGAAAGAAUUCAAAAUCAUGGUAUUUAACAAUC